CCGGCCAUUCAGAAAGUGUUAUCGUGAAACAUCUGCAGUAUUUAUUAACCUAUUGAUUGCACUUUGGGGAACAAAGGCGAGAUUUUGGGCAAUAAUUUUCUCCUUGAUACCAUAGACCAUGUGAGCGGUUGAUUUUCUCUAGAAUGUCGGAAGGAAAGGUCUGAACUUAAAGUGCAUUAAAGUAACUGAAUCUCAUCCAGCUUUGUCUACACAUCACUGUGUUCACCAAAUACAUGCCUGCAUAAUUAAGUACAAUCAAACAAUGACUUUGAGAAUAUGAUGAAAUCCUAUGAAAGGAAUGGAAAGACAGGAAAUUACUGAGGGGCUCAAGCACUUGGAUUUAACUGAUAAAAACAAGCAAACGUUUGCACAAUAUGGUGAAAUUUCAUGAUCAAAAACAGGAAAUUGCUCAACUACAGAGUAACAACUUUCAAUCUUAAAAUCAACCAGAUGUUUUCACAGUGAAUUAAUUACAGCAUUAACGAUCAAGAGACAUGUGUAAUCAACAAUGACUUGCACAUAAAGAAAUUAGCAUUUAGUCACUAGAGAAUACAAAUUUAGCUUCACAUAAUUAUUCAUAGUGAACAAGUUCUACAUUAACACAUACAGUGAUUUGCAUUAACAAGUUACAAGGAUUUUACCGAUCUGGAAUUUAACAGGUGAUUUUUGAGAACACUAGAUCUGACCAGGUACAGCUGUAUUCAGCUGUAACUCAGAUUUUUGUAUAGUCAGAAUCUCAAUUUAUAUACAUCUAUAUAAUAUAUAGACUUUUCAAAAUACUAGAUAUGGCAGACCAAAAACCAACCACAGAUGGAACAAAGGAGUCUGAAUCUGAAACAGGAGCAGAAUCAAAUAAUACAGCUGAUAUGAAGGAGAAAGAAUCUAUGGACGAUACAAUGGAUGAUACAGGAAAACUUAAUGAAGGAGGACUUGGUAGCAAUAAUGACACCAGUGAUGAUACAUCCACUGAUUUGGGAACUGAUAAGGAUGCAAAAACUGUUACCAAAGAUACUGAACAUGUUGAUAAGGAUGCUGGACCCAUUAACAAGGAUAAGGAUACAGAACAUGUUACCAAAGAUACAGAAGAUGACACCAAGGAUACUGAACAUGUUGAUAGGGAUACAGAACAUGUUACCAAGCCAACAGAACAAGUAACCAAAGAUAAUGACAUUGAUACCAACGUAACAGAAACUGAGGAUAAAAAUGAAGAACCAGCUAUUAUAGAUGUAGAGCCUGUUGACAAAGAAACACAACCUCUUACGCAAGACAAUUCCAAGACAGAGAACAUUGAAAAAGAAAACGUAGAAUCUGAUGACAUGCCUGAAAUACUGGACACCACUGUAGAGUUUGAACCAAGGCUUCCAAGAUCUCGAUGGAUGAAGUACAGAAAACCAUUAAAAAGGGUUUUCCCAUUUAGAACAAAGAAAGUGCCUAAAGAAAAAUUCCCCAUGGAGGAUGUUGGCCUAUUUUCAUAUAUGUUUAUCAACUAUCUCACGCCACUAAUGAUCAAAAUCUACAAAGCAAAAGAGCCGCUAAACGAACUAUGGGCACCCAUGCCCUCAUUAAGUGCAGAAGUCACUGGCGAAAGAAUGCAGAGAGAGUGGGAUAAGGAACUGGCAUCAAAAGGCCAGGAUAAGGCAUCAUUGUUUCGUGCCAUGAUGCGAUCCGUCCAGACACGUAUCUACAUCGUCAUUGUCAUACUCUGUGUUCUUAUUGUGUUCUCAUUCGUUGGACCCGCAGUACUGGUAAGAUUGAUCUUGGAGUAUGUACAGUUGAAUUUAACUGAUGUGAAAUAUGGCGUAAUGUUGAUUGUGCUGCUCUUCGUAAAUGAAGUUGGUCGGACUUUAAUGUUCGCUAUCUAUUGGCAUUUCCUAUACGAGAUGGGUACAAAAGUAAGAAGCGGGAGUCUUACUCUCUUGUACAACAAACUUCUACGAUUGUCCAGUCUCAAGCAUAAAUCAGUUGGAGAGGUUGUCAACAUAUAUUCAAGUGACGGCCAGAGAUUGUUUGAUAUGAUGUCAGUGUCGCCACCUUUGUUUAUGGGACCAAUCAUGUUGAUCAUGGCCACAGUAUACGCAACAAUGUUUAUAGGGCCUUGGGCACUCAUGGGUAUAGCAACAUACCUCCUUUAUUAUCCAAUACAGAUUAUGAUUGCAAAGAAGCUUGCCAAGUUAAGGAUCAGCACAGCUCACGUUACAGAUAAAAGGGUGAGACUGAUCAGUGAAGUGUUCACAUGUAUUAAGCUGAUAAAGAUGUACGCAUGGGAGGAGUCCUUUCACAAAAAUAUACAUGAGAGACGAGCGACUGAGAGGAGAAUCUUAGAGAAAUCUGGUUACUUGAUGAACGCAAAUGCAAGUGGGUCACCCAUCGUGGCCAUAAUGUCUGGUGUUGUGGCAAUUAUGGGACAUACAUUAUCUGGCAAUGAUAUAAGUCCGGCACAGGCAUUCACGCUUCUGUCCAUAUUUGCAUCUUUCCGGUUUGCCAUGGGAAUCAUGCCAUACUCCGUAAAAUGUUUGGCAGAGGGAAUAAUCGCCUCAAAGAGGGUGCAGAGUGUGUUAGAAAUAGAAGAAGAUGAGCCACAACUCACUACUGUUGACUCCCAGUCUAAUGCCCUUGAAAUAAAGGAUGCCACACUUGCAUGGGAAAUUCAUGAUACUUUCAAUGAGAAGGAUGGCAAACCAGAAAAAGCUGUAAAGCGUAAGAGUGGAAAGAAUAAUAGAGGUUCGAUUGUCAAUGGGAGUGUGAAAUCAAAGGAAGCAGCAACUGGUGCAGAUAUCGCCAAUCAGACCACUGAGGAGCUCCUUAAAGGAAACAACCAUAAUACAACCAUUGACACAACCAUUGAUGAAGGAAGUACAACCAUGGACAUGGACACAGGAAGGAACCUGUCUGAGACAUUAACUGACAUUAAUAUGAUCCUUCCAAAGGGCCAGCUGAUAGGUGUUUGUGGUGCCGUGGGUUGUGGAAAAAGUUCACUAAUUGCCAGUAUUCUAGGCCAGAUGCGCAUCACAUCAGGGACGAUAGGUGUAAAUGGAGAUAUUGCGUAUGUGCCACAACAAGCUUGGAUUCUAAAUGCUACAGUAAAAGAAAACAUCACAUUUGGUCUAGAGAUGGACGAAGAAAAGUACGAAGGCGUCAUAUCAGCAUGUGGACUUGAUACGGACUUGGAGCAAAUGCCUUCUGGUGAUCAAACUGAAAUAGGAGAGAGAGGGAUUAACCUAUCAGGAGGGCAAAAACAAAGAGUGAGCUUAGCAAGGGCAGUAUACAGUGAUAAAGAGAUAUAUCUACUUGAUGACCCUCUUUCAGCUGUAGAUAGUCACGUUGGACUUCACCUUUUCAACCAUUGUAUUAAAGAGGCCCUCCAGGGAAAAUCAAUUGUGUUCGUUACACAUCAGUUGCAGUAUUUAAGCCAAUGCAAUCAGAUCUAUGUGAUGAAGAAUGGAAAGAUCGUAGAAAUGGGAACUCACAAUACUUUGUUAAAGAAUACCAGUGGAGAGUACUCCGGCCUAAUGCAGAAAUACCACAAAGAAGAAAAAAAGCAUGCUGAAGCAGAGGAAGUUGAAGAUGAGGAAGAAAAGAAGGAAAGAAAAAGAUUGAAAACUCUACGUUCAAUGAUAAGUCAAGAAUCUGUGCCAAUGGAUGAGGGGAAAGGUAAACUUAUAGUCUCUGAAGAAAAGAAGAGGGGAAGCGUCCCUGCUAGCGUUUAUGCUGGCUACAUCCGGGCAGGGGGUGGCUUUAUCCUUGCUGCCAUGGUGAUCUUAGGGCAUGCUAUUUGCGUGGCCUGUGGAAUCUUCAGUAAUUGGUGGUUGAGUUAUUGGUUGAAGCAAGGAAGUGGAGGUCUAAGGAUACCCAUAACGCCAAAUAUGACAUAUGCAAUAGAAGGCCCGGACAUAGUGCCAUUGAACACAAGUGCCACAGAGGGCAACUAUAAUCUAACAAACCAAAAUGUGCCACUAAACUACACUAUUGAUAUGAACAUUGCGCACAAUCCAAGACUUUGGUUUUUCAACCUUGUGUAUGGGAUGUCCAUAGUUGCGUUUAUUCUAUUUGCAUUCAUGAAGGGAUAUGCACAUGUAAAGUUUGUCCUUCGAGCAGCCAGUAGUACCCAUGACCGUGUAUUAUUACGAGUGCUUCGUAGUCCAAUGAGUUUUUUUGACAUGAACCCAACAGGACGUAUCAUCAACAGAUUCAGCGGAGACAUGGACCUAAUAAAAUGGGAUAGUAUGAUGCCAAUACAAACCAAUAACCUGAUUCUGAAUGGACUACACAUGAUAUUUGCCUUUGCUAUGAUUGCCUAUGUGUUUCCCAUAUUCCUGGCUGCUUGUGUACCCCUUGCAAUUGUGUUUGUCAUCAUCAAGGUGAUUGGAACUCCAGGUGUAAGGGAAAUUAAGAGACUGGAAAACAUACAGAGAUCUCCCUUGUUUGGUCAUGUGAGUGCUACUGUACAAGGGCUUGUGACAAUUCAAGCGUACAACAAGACACAAGCUUUCAGAGAAAGGUUUCAUGAGCUAUUAGACCAACAUGCUAUGUCAAUAUUGUGCCAAAGACUGGUUAUACGCUGGAUAUGUGUCCGUGUUGAUAUGAUUAUGUCAAUCAUCAUCACACUAACUGGUCUGUUCUGUAUACUCUUGAGAGACACUAUACCUCCAGCCGAUGGUGGGAUGGCAAUAUCCUUUGCUAUGCAGAUGGCUGCUAUAUUCCAAUAUGUAAUGCUACUUGCAAUAGAAGUUGAGGCUUUAUUCACCUCAGUUGAAAGAUUACAAACCUACCUCAAGAUUGAAUCCGAAGCACCAGUUUCAAUCCCAGAGAACAAACCAGCCUCUGAUUGGCCAUCACAAGGUCAUGUGACAUUUUCCAAAGUGAAGUUGCGAUACAGAGAGGGUUUGCCAUCUGUGUUGAAGAACAUGACUUGCGACAUCCAACCCAAAGAGAAAAUUGGGAUCGUUGGCAGGACUGGUGCAGGUAAAUCCUCACUAGGUGUCGCUUUAUUCCGUCUUGUGGAGCUCUCCGCUGGUGACAUCACAAUAGAUGGUUAUGACAUCAGCAAGAUUGGCCUUGGUGAUCUCCGCUCAAAACUCAGUAUCAUUCCACAGGAUCCUGUCUUAUUUGUUGGCACUGUUAGGUAUAAUAUAGAUCCAUUCAGUGAACAUACUGAUGAAGAAGUGUGGACUGCCUUGGAGAGAUGUCAUGUCAAAAGCACUAUCUUAAACCUUGAGCAACAGUUGUAUGCCCCUGUGCUGGAGAAUGGAGAGAAUUUCUCAGUUGGCGAACGUCAGCUGAUGUGUAUGACACGUGCCUUACUUAGAAAUAGCAAGAUCCUCAUGCUAGAUGAAGCUACAAGUUCUAUAGAUACAGAGACGGACCAUCUUAUACAAGCAACUAUUAAAGAGGCCUUUAGUCACUGUACAAUGCUUACUAUAGCACAUAGACUCAACACAGUACUACACUAUGAUAGAAUAAUGGUGCUCCAAGAUGGACAGAUUGUUGAAUUUGACAGCCCUGCCUCUCUGAUGGCUGACAAGACGUCUCAUUUCAGUCAGAUGAUGGAAGCAGCCAAACAAGCACAUAAAGCGACAAUCUAAUAGUAUUAAUAAACAGCUGCAGUAGAACUUGUAAAGUGGAACACAUCUAUCACAAGUGGAACACACAAACUCCUAUUUCCCAAUACAGUAACUCAAUGUAAAAUUAACAUCUAUUAGUGGAACACCUCUUAAGUGGAACAUUUUGGGGUUCUGUAAGUGA